UAUCUUCACUUCCCGGUAUGCUAGUCUCCAUUCCGUAACUCAUCUAUGAGAAUAUAUGUAUAUAUAUGUUUACCCAUAUUAUUUGGUUUGCAUGUUGUGUGAAGGUUGCCUCUAUCAGAGAGAACAUAGUGUAUUCAUUCUUUGGGGAUUGGGUUAAUUCAUUGAGCCUAAUGGUUUCCAGUUGGGACCAUUUCGUUGCACAUUCGUUGUUUUUAAUGACUGAAUAGUAUUCCAUGGAGUAGACGUACCAGAGUUCAUUCCUCUUUCAACAGGCACCUGGGUUGUUUCUAUAUGUUUGCUAUCGUGCGUUGUGCUGCUGUAACUAUAGGUUUACAGGUCACUUUCUCAUAUGCAGAUUUCACUUUCUUUGGUUAUAUUCCCAGCAGUGGGAUAGCUGGGUUGUAGAGUAGAUCAAUUUUCAAUUGUCUCAUCUCUGUCGGUACUGACGUUCAUAGCCUGCACUCCCACCAACACUGGGGUAGAGUACCUUUUUCUGCCCACAUCCACACUGGCAGGUGUUAUCAGGACAGUUUUAUAUGUAGGCCAGUCUCACUAGAGUUAGGUGGAAACUCAGUGUGGUUUUUAUUUAUAUUUCCCAACUAGCUAGGGAGCCUGAGCAUUUUUUCAUGUGUCAUUAAGCUAUUUAAAUUGGUUCUUUUGAAAGCUGUCUGCUCACUUCCUUCCCCCGUUUCUUCACAGGGUUGUUUGUUUCGGUGUCACUGAGAUUCUGAAGCUCUUUGUAAAUCCUGGCUGUUAGUGCUGUAUCUGCUGUGUAGUGUGCAAAGCUUUUCUCCCAUCCUAAUCCUGUUGCUUGCUUCUUUGCUUUGUUGAUUGUUUCCUUUGCUGUGCAGAAGCUUCUUAGUUUGUAGUUCCGUUUGUUUAUUUUGGCUUUGACCAGCCUGUGCUUUUGGUGACUUUGCUGAGAAGUCUUCACCCAUACCUGUAUCUUGCAGAAUGUCUCCUAUGUUUUCCUCUGAUCGUUGAAUGGUUUCUAGUUGUCUGGUUGAAUAGCUCUUCAGCCCUGUUGUGCCAAGCAGUCUCCUUUCCACCUGGCCUCUGCGCUCCCCCCAGCUGGAGGUGACCACCCAAAGCUGCUUCCUCCUCUAGACCAGGAUCUUGGGAGUGAAGAGCAUAUGGUGGCCCUCCCCCAGCAACACAUCCUGACAGUCAGCUUCAACUUCCAGUGUGCGCCACAGCAUGAACUAAGGAAUGCUGUGUGCUUCUCUGGAGUCUCCGAAGCAGCUGUGCUUGCAGCUCCAGCCGGAACAGACACUGCUCCCAGAUGUGUUUAUGGGGAGGAGCCUUGAGGACUGUCCUGGUAUUGCUUUCAGCUUCUCCCCUCUACAAGGGCUUUGCUUUUCUGUCUUGAGGAAGAGGUACAUUGUGGAUAUGAUGUUUCAGCUGCUCCGAGGUCUGGACUUUCUUCACUCUCACCGAGUAGUGCAUCGCGAUCUCAAACCGCAGAACAUUCUGGUGACCAGCAAUGGACAAAUCAAACUGGCCGACUUUGGCCUGGCCCGCAUCUACAGUUUUCAGAUGGCUCUUACCUCGGUGGUCGUCACGCUAUGGUACCGAGCUCCAGAAGUCCUGUUGCAGUCCAGCUACGCCACCCCCGUGGAUCUCUGGAGUGUUGGCUGCAUUUUUGCAGAAAUGUUCCGCAGAAAGCCUCUUUUUCGCGGCAGUUCGGAUGUGGACCAGCUAGGAAAGAUCUUGGAUGUCAUUGGACUCCCGGGAGAAGAGGACUGGCCCAGAGACGUGGCUGUUCCCAGGCAGGCGUUUCAUUCCAAAUCCGCCCAGCCAAUCGAGAAGUUUGUGACCGAUAUUGAUGAGCUGGGCAAGGAUCUCCUUCUGAAGUGCUUGACCUUUAACCCCGCCAAGAGGAUAUCUGCCUAUGGUGCCCUGGCUCACCCGUACUUCCAGGACCUGGAGAGGGGCAAGGAGAGCCUAGAUGCCCAUCUGCCAUCCAGCCAGAACGCCUCUGAGCUGAACACAGCCUGAGGCCCUCCAACUGCCCGGAGCCCAUCAUCUGGAGGCCACCUGCUGGCUGCCAGGUCCCCAAGCACACCCCGCAGAGUUGACAAGGACGACUGUUCCCAGGCCUGCGGCCACCACCUACCAACCAGGCUCUGCUCCUCCGAGAAAACCACCUAGUUUACUGUUCUAAAAUCAAUGCAAGAGUGAUUGCAGCUUGAUGUUUGUGUGUCUGUCUGUCUGUCUGUCUGUUUCAAGAACCUGGAAAAACUCCAGAGGAAGAGAAGCUGCUGACCAAUUGUGCUGCCAUUUCCUUUUUCUGACCUUUAAUGCUGCCCGAUGUGGAGUGGGUUUCCAGGCACAGCUGACUAGUGGUGUCACCGGCCUGCGGCUGCUGGGCCUCACUUGGUACUUCCAAGAGUGGCGUGUAUGAGCACGUGUGUGUGUGUAUGUGUGUGUGUGAGAGAGAGAGAGAAAUUGGUUCAGUGAUUUCUUAAAGUGUUAACUUUUUGUAAACAGCACCAAUACUUCAAUUAUAAAGACUCAAGGUGAUCAAUAAGUAACAAGCCUUUGCUCACCAGGACGGUCUCACCGUUAGGGUCUGCUCGGAGGACAAAGUUGAGCCUGUGCCCUCACGUUCUCAAUGUUUCCCUUCUGGCCAAAAGCGGUCCAUUUGCUAGUUGUAGAGGAGAAAAGUUUUAUACACACAGCAAAAAAGGAAAAAAAAAUUAUGUUGUAAGAGACCUGUUUUUUAAAGCAUGCUUUCUAUUUACUCUUUGAAAAGCUGGAUUUACUCGUAAGCCUAUUUUAACCUUCUCUUAUAGUAUCAUACCUUUUAUUGUUUCUUUUGGAAAAUAUCCUAGAGGCUUUUUUUAUUAUUAUUAUUACUUGUUAUAGUUUUAGAGAGUGUACCUCAAAUAGGUUUUUAAAAAAUAGGUAAAGCCCUUUGUUUCCUGACCUGAAACAUCAUUAUUACCUUUCUGUUGUUAGUUGUGUAGGUUUGGGGUUUCGGGGUUCCCUGCUUGGGUUUGAAGAGUAGCUUCUUGUGCCUCUAGAGACAGAAGUGCCUUCAGCUUACCCCAACUGGGACACUGUACUUGCCACCAGGCACUGCCUUUGCUUGCAAAGUGUCCCACCUGCCCGGCCCAGCCCAGCCCCUGCAGUCCCAGUGGCUACUACAGAAAUGAUGAUGGGUUGCUGCCACUGCCUGCUCUCCGGGAACCUUCUCGGCUGCACAGCUUGAGGCCAUGGCUAUGGCCUCAGUUGUACACAUCCCCGGAGGACCCCUGGGCUCUCGCUGGCGCAGGCUUUGCCAGGCUGUGAUACUUCUGCCUCGUCCCCAGGCACAGGCAUCAUUGGUCACUAGGACUUGGUGUUUGGCGUUUUCGUGGGGUGCUUUAUCCGUGAAGUAUCUGGGAGAGCGUCUUUGCUGUAGGUGCUAAGCUGUCUCUUCAUGCCGGGCUGCGCUUGGUUCUGCUGCCUGGUGUCCGCCCCGGCGCCCUUUAGGGCCAGCCUGAGCUGGGCCAGCCUGAGCAGGGCCUUGUAAACAGCUUUACUCGUUUGCUCUACCCGCCAUAGGGUCCAUCCCAUCACUGCCUUGUGCACAGGCAAAUGUGGUCAGUUGACAUGGACAGUAUCUGUUGGGAAGCUCAGCUUCCUUGGCUUUCUGCCUCAUCUUUUGAGAGCACUCAACAGUUACAUCAUGUUUAGAGUCAGGAUUUUUCAAAGAAGAGACAGUACUUCUCUCAGCAGAAAAGGAAAAAAAAAUGUUUCCUGAUGUUGUGUAUGCCCUAUCCAGCCUUGCUGAGUUCUUCACAGCUUUCCUUCAUACAGUACUGCCUUGAGCAAAAGGAGAGAAAUCAGGGGCCUCUCUUUGAGCUGGGGUCGGGAGCCAUUCUUGGUUAAUGCAAGAUAAAGGGAAAAAAUAGCUGUAAGAAUGGUUUCCAGUCCCUUCCUCUGGCCACACCUGUCAGCUCUGAAAAUGCUCAAGAUGGUCCUACCCAGGUUGAUGUGCUCCUGGUCUCGCCCAGACAAGUGAGUUCCGCCUUUGCCUUGCUCGACAGUCACAAUGCUGGGAGAGUUUGGCUGGGGCCUAGAAGUGGACUUAUCCACAUCACUGCACCAACUCUCCUGAGCUCUCUGGGUGGUGUCCAUGCUUAGGGCGAUCAUAACUUGAAAUUUUGCUUCUGCAGAGUGUUUUCCUAAGUUCACUAAAGAUUAAGAAAAAAAGCAGCUGUUCUAAACUGGAAUUUUUCAGCAUUCUUUAGGGUUUAAACAAGUAGAGAGCUCAAAUUUUAUUUCCUACGUUCUACUUUCUUGGCUUAUCUCUUAAAUAGUGUUUGUAAAACAAAAACAAAAACAAAAUGCAAGCGCAGAUGUCUUAGUGUUAGGAAUGUGGUCUUCUGACAACGCUGCCCAAAGGGGCAUUGUGGCCAUUUAUUCAGAGUCUGUCGCAGCUCACCUUUAUCGUGGCUGCUGCCCAUGUGCCCCCUACAGCUCCCCAGUGCCGAAUGCCAGGCCCUAUGCAGGCAGCCUUGACGUGAGAGCCCAUGCAACACACACGUGAUGGAGGAAGAACUUAGGGAGUCUGCAGCAGUUGACUGAGGGCCACGCUGCCCCUGGGCAGCUUCUCACGAGUAAAAAUGUGGUGACCAGCCAAAUCACGUUGGAAUGCCAGACCAGGAACCACUGCGUAGGGUAGGAUCGGCGCAGUGCACAAAUCAAAAGAACCAUGUCCAUUUGGUGAUCAUAAGUUAUCAGAGGGCAACCCAGAAUUCCUGAGAGCUUGGGAGCAGCCGGGUGGAUUGGAGCCUCCCACUUUUUUUCUCCUUUGAAGCAGGUGGGAACCUGUCCACAGGAAGGCCCAGGGUGUUUUCACCUGCCCUUCUUUCAGGAAGCACUUGCUAUGAAUGACAGGCUUUUCAUUUAUCCUUGGUGAAUGCCUAAAAAUCAUUCACACUGAUUGAGUAGAGAAUCUCAGCUUUGCAGUUGUAAGUAAAAAUGAGAACGGACCAGAUGUUGAUCUCUGAGCAUGUUCCUGCUCGGGGAAGGAUGGAUAGUUUGCGGAGUGUGGCACUGUCCAUCUUGACAAGUAAACACACAGUACCCAACAUUUGGAGCUUCAGAUGAUGACCCAAGCUUUCGUGGCACUGCAGCUGCCUCUCUUAAAAGUGAUGCCGGUCAGACUCACGAACAAAUUGUCCUCCCAUCAGGCACAUCAGAUCAUGUGAGCUUCCUGAUAGCAUAGACACAUUAAAAUGUUCCCUGCAAAGACUUGCUGUUCAGUGCCAGCUUGACUGUGUUUAUGAUCCGCGCAUGAGGCAUAGCUCGAGUCUUUCAGAAAGUUGACCCUAGGGAAGAACAAUGCUAAAAAUGGAUUGCCUGCAUAGUUGCUAAAUUGUGUUACUACCGAAAUUGCAGAAUAUUUACCUGGGAAAGAAUACUGAAAGAUUCUUCCAACUUCCUAGAUAUGGAUGGAUUUCAGCCAACUGCAUGCCUUACGUGGUGACUGAUAAUAAAGAUGCUGUGUGAUUUCUAAAUCUUCAAAAAUUUUUCAUAAAGCAGCGGGCAACUGGAGCAAAUGCAGAUGUUCCAUGCACAGAGCAAAGUAGAGGGCAUACUUUUCGUUAUCAGACAUAUUGUACAAAUUUAUCAUAAACUCAGCUGGUGACUGUGGACUUGGUAAGCACAGUUGAGCAUGCUGAGUGAUGUGCGCUGUACUCAUGUCACUAGGAGUGCUGGCCACUUGGAGCGGUACUUGCCACACAAGCCCUCAAGGGGGCCUUGUCAUAGCACGAGCAAAAGGCAGUAGGUAAAGCCUAUGCCACCAGGACUCUGGACAAAUGGCAAGCCCUACCACAAGUGGGGUACAUCAUGCACACUAAACACAGUCAAGUUUAUCAUUCAGAAAGUCCUUUUGGGCUCCUCUGAGCCUUGGAGAGUUAGCAGUGGGGGUUCCCUGGAAAGCAGGAGAGAACAACCUCACCCUGUCAUGCUCGCUGGCUCCCUCUGAGCAUCCGGGCAUCUUCAGCUGUGUGGUGGGGCACACACGCUUAGACCUCACGCAUUCCUCACAGGUGCCGAUCCACUCCACGAUGGGGCUCUUCUGUCCGCCUGGACUUUGUGCACCUGAGCCCUCAACAUGAAAGUUGCAUCUUGCCAGUGUCUUUUCCCUUAGUCAGAUUUUCUGUUGUUUGGGGUUUUUUUUGUUUAUUUGUUGCUUUUUUUUUUUAAUGAAGUGCCGAUUACCUUUUCAAAACGUUCUCUGCUUUGUAGCAUCCUUGGGACAUGCACUUAGAGAAACCAAAGGGGUGCUGUCACCAAGCUGCCUGAAAGUCAAUAAGCUUUUUUCGGACACCUAUUUAAAUACAGUUACAGCACUGUUAUGAAAUUCAUGCAGUAGAAAAGGGAAAUCAUUUUUCUUUCUUAAAAAAAGCUGAGAUGGACUUUGUAUAUUCCAGUAAAUUCCACAAGGUGGCGUUAUCAGAGAAAAUUUAAAAUCUGAAGAAGGCCCUAAAGAAGCAGUUUAUAAGACUUGGUUCUAAUGAUUUCUUCUGCAUGCGUGUAACUCUUGCCUAGCACUUAUUUAGCUGGGUACGCAGUAGUUCUCAGAAUGCUCUAGAACUUUGGUCUUAUUAACUAGAUUCUGAAUGGUUGCAGUUACAUUCUACUGGUGAAUAAAUAAUACACUAUUCUGACCUUUUUGGUGAGUAAAGAAAAUGCACUCAUCAUUUAUUCAGGAUGGCUGGAGUGUCUUCUAGGUUAGGACAGGCUUUUGUACCCUCAUCUGUGAACAGGAUGGUUUGGUUAGGGGCAUAAAGCUACUCCAGUGGCCCCGGUCAAAACACCCCCAGCUGCUGUGUGCUGCUCUCAUGCUCCCCAGAACUUGGCUUUGCAAGGCCGGUUUAACUUCCCAGUGCAGGGUGACUAGUCACCAUGAAGUCAGCAGAGCUCCUCGUCAGGAAUGGCUCUCCCCAAACAGCCCCGAAGUCCUUACAGAGCCAGGAAUCUGUAAUUGUCUCAUUUGUAUAAUCACAUGAAAACUCGCGGAGAAAGUAUUUGUUUGGUCUUGACAGGAUGUGAGCUGAACAACUGAGGAUCAGCCCCUAAGUAGAUCUUUAGCUUUCUCUACUCUGGAAGUUUGAAGCAAAUCCAUAUAUAUCCUUGUAAUUCACAAGUCGGCCGAGAAGCUCGCUCCUGCCUAUCCCGUCCCUCCCCACCAACUGAUGUAAGCUAAUUUUGGAAGCUAUGCGCUCUCUCCACAGUGAGUUUAGAAGGAAGGAAGCCAAGGGCUUCCUCAGACAUGGCUUCGGAGCGCUCUGUCCCUCUGUGGCGGGCACUCAGCCCCUGCUUGGCCUCCCACGCCAAGACCGGCCGGCUCGGCUCUCAGUGGAGACCAAGGCUCACACCCCACCAGCAAGGCAAGCUCUCUGCCCCCGCCCGCGCCCACUGCAGUGGUCCUCAGUGUGUAAGACCCCAAGGGAGAAGCACACCCUUUGCUCCUGUGCUAUUAAACUUGAUUGCCCCCUCAACCACCAUCCUGAGGCCCCUCCCGCCUCCCUGCCCGGCUCCCACGGGCCCUGCUGCUGUGCUGACAACACCUGGUGUGUCUCCUGUACGUGGAUGAGUACACUCAGCCCCAGAGCUCGGGUCUGGAGGGCUGGUGGCCGUUGCUUGGGGACGCCGCCUACCUGCCGUCUCAAGCUGUAAGCUCAGCCUCAUUUCUGUUCUUGGGUUUUUUUUUUCUUUGAAGAGAAUAUGUAUAAUUACAGGAGAGGUGUUUUGUUUAUUUUUAAAUUUUCUGUCAUUCUACAUAUAUGAGGGCAACAAUAUGCCUGGGAAAGGUUUGUUAAGUCUCCUGCUCCAUCUUUGGUUGGCAAAAGCUCCUCCCUGAUUAGCUUCCAAUGUCUUUGUCAAGUAAUUAAAGGUUUGCAAGCAAAUUAUCUCAUGUGGGAUUGGCUAGUCGGGAGGAUGCUCCUGUGUGCCACCUUUGCUCACAGAAUGCA